AUGAGGCCGGCUCCCUCUUCACCCUCGUUCCAGUCGUCGGUCCACCGCCAUAGCCGCCACAUCGGAGCUCUGCUCCUGCGCCCGCGUCGUCCGCGUCGUGGCCUCGUCACAAUCUGCCGCGAGUCGCGCCGUCCGUCGUGGCAUCGUCGCCCGCUGCGCCACUCGCCGUCGCCCACGGCUGCAACCGCGCCCCCUCUGGCUACUCGUCGCUCGCCCGCGUCGGCGUGCUGCCCUGCCUCGCCGCGAUGCUACGGCCUCGUCGGCCCGCGCAGCCGCUCCCCCCCCGCUGCGCCCGUGGUGCUCACUGCCGCCCAGCGCGCGAGCCAGCGCCCGGCUCCGCCCGCGCGGCCCCCCGCCACCGCCUCCACCUUUGCUGCCAAGCACCACCGCCACGCCCGCCGCAUUCGCCGGACAGGUCCGCCCGCCCCGUGCGCCCCGCACCCGGUGCCCGCUAAGGGCCCCUGGCCAAUGACAUGCGGGCCCCACGCCCCAGGAGAAUUAGAACGAAAAAUAAAUAAAAAUAUCAAUUAA